CGUGACCAUGGCAUUUUAUAUAAUAAUCAAUUAUCCUCUGGUCACUUUCACUAUCAUUUAUUUAAAAAAAAACAUGGAAGGAAAAUCAUUCACAAAUUUUACUGAAUUCAAGGAAUUUAUCAAGAAGCAUGAAGAGGAACAGCAUGUUUUGUUUGUUACUAGUGGUUCUAAAAAGCUUAUCAAUGGACAUCCAGCAAAAGAAUCCAUACAGUAUGAGUGGCUAAAAUUAGUAUGCAAACAAGGGAGAGCCACAAAACCAACAUCGAGUAAAGGCAUCCGGCCGAAUCAAAGGUCAUGGAAACAUGAUUGUGGUGCAGUGAUACGUGCUGUGAUAAGGCAUUCAGAUGUUAUUGGCUACCAGUUUGUCAUCACAAAGGCAAUAUUGUCACAUGAGAAUCACCCCACAGAUCAUUUGACUGCACUUGUGUAUCCUGAAAAUAGAAGAAUAAAGCCAGAUGAAACCAUGGAUCUGAUGGUUGGCACCAAAAUACCGCAGUCAGAAUUGCGACAAAUCAUCUCGCAGAAACAGAACAAAUGUGUUCUUGGAAAGGAUGUGGAAAACUACAGGAGAAAACUGAAAGACCCCUGCACUGACAGUGAAGGAGUAGAGAAAAUUCUAAAUAGUAUAAAGGUUGGUGGUGGAAUGGUGAAGUAUGGUGUGACACCAGAAAAUGAAUUUUUGUAUUUGGCAUACAUGACCAAGGAAAUGAUAGGUUCACUUAAAGCCAACAAAACCAUAUUGAUAAUAGAUUGCACUUAUAAAGUCAAUGAGUAUUUAUUUCCAUUGUUGAAUGUUAUGUGUAUUGAUGCCAAUGGUAAUGGUGUACCUGUGUUGCAUGCUUUUGUAAGGAAUGAGAGUGUUGAAAUUUUGGCUGAAUGUUUGAGUGUAUUACAUGAUGUGUGUGUGGAGCCUCAAAUUUUUUUUGUAGAUAAAGAUUUUAGUGAAAUAGGUGCUAUCAAACAAUGUUUUCCUCAAUCUUUAAUUCGCCUAUGUUCAUUUCACACAAUGACAGCAGUAAAAAAGUAUUUAAAUACAAAUGUCUCAAAGGAAUUAUCCAAUAAAAUUUUUGAUCUAUUUAAAGAACAAUCUUAUACAUUAAGUGAAGAAGCAUUUGAGUUGUUAAAAGUUGACAUCAUUUCAGCAUGUCCCAGUGUUGAAAGCUACUUUCAAAAUAAUUGGUGGUCAAUUUCUGACAUGUGGGCAGCAUGUAGAAAUACAGAUGUUGCAUCUCUACAUAUCACAACUACAAAUCAUGUAGAAUCCUAUCAUUCAAGGAUAAAAAAGCACCUAGAUAGCCACACAACACUCUCAGUAUGUGUAACUAAGCUACUUUUGUUUGAUUCAGAUCUAUCUAAAAUAAAAUCAGCACAACACCACAUUCACAAAAUAACUAAACAUUAUUCUACACUACCAGACACACAUUUGCUUACUUUGUACAAGAAUAUAUUAACACCAUUUGGAGCAGAGUUAGUGGGCCAUAAGAUUUCUUUAUUUAAAAGAUGUAACUACAACAUAGUUCAAAAUGAUACUGACACAUCAUUUUUUUCUAUUUCUAAUACUUGUAAUUCUAAUGAUACCAAUUCAUAUGUGGUUAGCAUGGAUUCUUGCAAUUGUAUUUUCUUCACUAAAUUUUUAUUGCCUUGCAGACAUAUUCUUUCUUUGAGACAUAAACUUUCUUUAGAAAUGGUUUUUCUUCCUGAUGGGUGCCAUUUCCAAAAUAAAUCAUUUAGGGAUGAAGAAUUUGAGGACAUAUCAUCUAUCUCAACUAAUGUAAUUUAUCCAACCAUUAGUGCAAAGACAGCAGAAGGGCGAUUUAAAAUUGUUAAGGACCUGACAAAUGAACUAAACUGUCUGUAUCAGAAUAUGGGGGAACAACAUUUUUUAGUAAAGCUUGAACAGUUAAAGACAUUUAUUUAUCAUAUCAGGGCCAAUAAGGAAUUUGUUAUUACUAAUGUGUCUGAGGCCUUAGCUGAAACAAACAUUAGUUUGAAUGGUGGGUGUGUUGAUGCAGAGUUUCUUCCAAUUGCCUCAACUUCUCAGGCCUUGGCUGAAACAAAUGUUAGUUUGAAUGGUGAGUGUGUUGGUGAAGAGUUUGUUCUAAUUAAUCGUGCUCAACCCUUUGUGGUUCAUAAUAGUGAAAACAAUCUGUCUGGUAGUGAUAUUGUUGACUCAUCUAAAGUUACAACUGAUACAUUUAAAAACAAACGUAAUGGUGAUGAAUGUGCUGAAUGUGGACUGGAAGAGGUUUCAAAAGAGAAUUGUAUAGAUGGGAAGUUGAUGAACUGGAUUGGUUGUAUGGUGUGUGAUAGGUGGUUUCAUGAGUUCUGUUUAUCAAAAUGA